UAUUUACUUGCUUCGUUUAAUUUGUCAUUUCUUCUCACUUCUCUGCUAAUUGCCGUACGGCUUUACUUUGGCUGUAAACUCCGCCUCCUCCUCUCUCAACUGUCUCUUCCGGCUGACUUCCGGGAGAUUUCCCAAUUCCGACUCAUGGGCGGCGAUCUACGCUUCGAGAUCUCUCAAAACGCUUACAUAAAACUUGUUCUCCAUGCCCUAAAGCACCGUUCUUCCGCCGUCAAUGGAGUCCUUUUAGGUCGCAUCUCCGGUCCCAAUGAUGUCAUUGAAAUUUCCGAUUCCGUCCCUCUCUUCCACUCCAGCAUCGGUCUCCUCCCUCAGCUCGAGAUAUCUCUCCUUCUGAUUGAAGAAUACUAUGCGGCUAAGGGAUUGAAUAUUGUGGGGUACUUUCAUGCCAAUGAGCGGUUUGAUGACUAUGAGGUCGGCGGUGUAGCCAAGAAUAUUGGUGAUCAUAUUUCUCGAUUUUUUCCACAUGCUGCUCUUCUUUUGUUAGAUCACAGGAAACUUGAAGCUUUGCCGAAGAGAAAGGAUAGAAGCCCUGUAAUGGAGCUAUACACAAAGGAAACUUCCAAGAACUGGAAGCUGGCUGGAUCAGAUGGAAGCAGCCAGCUGAUGAUCAAGGAACCGUCAGCAAACGUGGUGUUGUUGGAUUUCAUAUCAUCUGAAAAAUGGCAAGAUGUGGUGGACUUCGAUGAUCACCUUGACGACAUUAGCAAGGAUUGGUUGAAUCCAGACCUCUUCAAGUAAAGAUCUAUUAGAAGGGAUUGGUUGGAAAAUGGAGCCUUGUGCUUUUCAAGGAUUGAGAAUAUUGUUCGAUGCAUUGCUAUUAGGUAAUGGUCAAAUUUUAUCUCAUUAGACAUUGAUUAGCUUUCUUUGAUUCGAGAUACUGAAGUUCUCGGUCUUGAAGAACUUUUGAGUUCGGGGCGAAUGUUUAUGGAGUUAAUUUGGAUAUGUACACUAACACAAUUUCUCAUUCUUUGAAUGUGAAAGACAAACACUACCAUGCAUUGAGGAUUA